AUGCACCUGGUCCAGGUGAAUGAGCUCUGCCAGCCUGAAGCCAACCUUAAGGACCCAAUCCAGGCCCAGGGACCGGGGGAGGCACAGCUGUUUGGGGCUGAGGGGGAGGAGGAUGCCAUGGCCGCCACUCCCUGGAGCCCGACGGAAGACAGUGGCCUCAGCAGCCAAGGGGAAGAGGGGCCGAGCACCUGGCACGACCAGGAAGGUGCCAAGUCCUUGCUACCAGAGGCACCACGUCUGAAGAUGGCUGACCUGGUGCGGUUCUUGCUCCUCAAGUAUCGCACCAAGGAGCCCACCACAACGGCAGAAAUGCUGACUAUGGUCCGCAAAGACCAGUGGGACCACUUCCCCGUGGUCUUCAGCCAAGCCUGCAAUUGCAUGCAGCUGCUCUUUGGCGUGGACAUGAAGGAGGUGGACCCCAGGGAGCACACCUAUGCCCUGGUCCCCACCCUGGGCCUCACCCACAAUGGGAUGCUGAGCGAUGGGCAGAGAUUCCCCAAGACUGGCCUCCUGGUGUUGCUCCUGGGCCUGAUUGUCUUGGAUGGCGACCGCAUCCCUGAGGAGGAGGCCUGGGGAGCACUUAGCCAGAUAGGGGUGUAUGCAGGGAAAGAGCACUGCAUCUAUGGGGACCCCGGGGAGCUGCUGACCAAAGUGUGGGUGCAGGAGGGCUACCUGGAAUACCGGCAGGUGCCCCACAGCGACCCCGCCCGCUACGAGUUCCUGUGGGGGCCCCGGGCCCACGCAGAGAUCCGCAGGGAGCAAGUCCAGGAUUAUCUGCUCAAGGUCAAUAGCUUGGACCCCAGGUCCUUCCUACCCCUGCCUGCAGAGGCUGUGAGCGAUGAGGAAGAGGGGGCCUGA